AAGGUUUUCCCGUCAGUUCUGCCCCCACCCUUCCAACAGUCCGUUCGUUCUCUUGAAGCCAGUGUUGUGCGUGAGUGCUUCGUUCGCCCUCCGUGUCUCUGGCUGGCGCGCGGAAGGAAGAGAGGUGGAGCUGCACGUGCUCAGCAACCGCGGCCCCGGUUGGAAAUCGAGGUUGCGGAGCGGUUGGUUCCGGCUUAGACCAGUUGGGGCUGGUUUUCUCCGCGCAAGCGCAGCCUACCCUGGUUAGAGUGCAGGGAAGGGCGAUGGCGGCGGACGGGAGCCCCGGAGUGGACCUGGCUGGGAUGGUGGCCGAGACGCGGGGGGAACCUCCGGGCACCUCCCUUCCUACUUCUACGACCGUUUCCUCGCCCCGAAGUGAAUCGCCCCCGACAAGACCGGACCCCUCGGGCCCAGAAGCGGUUCCCGAGAGUGGCUCCGGGGCUGUGGGCAAUGCGGGAGCCCGGCGGUUCCUCUGCGGCGUUGUGGAAGGUUUUUAUGGAAGACCUUGGGUUAUGGAACAGAGAAAGGAGCUUUUUAGAAGACUUCAGAAAUGGGGACUAAAUACUUACCUAUAUGCUCCAAAAGAUGACUACAAGCACCGUAUGUUUUGGCGAGAAAUGUAUUCCGUAGAGGAAGCUGAACAGCUCAUGACUCUGAUUGCAGCAGCUCAAGAAUAUGAGAUAGAAUUUAUUUAUGCCAUUUCUCCUGGUCUUGAUAUUACUUUCUCAAACCCUAAAGAAGUAUCUACAUUGAAACGCAAGCUAGAUCAGGUUUCUCAGUUUGGUUGCAAAUGUUUUGCAUUAUUGUUUGAUGACAUUGAUCACAAUAUGUGUGCAGCAGAUAAAGAAGUGUUCAGCUCCUUUGCCCAUGCUCAGAUUUCAAUCACCAAUGAAAUCUAUCAGUAUCUAGGAGAACCAGAAACAUUCCUCUUCUGCCCCACAGAAUAUUGUGGCACUUUCUGUUAUCCAAAUGUUGCUCAGUCUCCUUACUUGCGAACUGUAGGAGAAAAACUGCUACUAGCAAUUGAUGUAUUAUGGACAGGUCCCAAAGUGGUAUCUAAAGACAUUUCAGUGGAGUCUAUUGAGGAGGUUUCAAAAAUAAUUCGCAGAGCUCCUGUUAUCUGGGACAACAUUCAUGCUAAUGAUUACGAUCAGAAAAGACUGUUUCUUGGGCCCUAUAAAGGCCGAUCAACAGAACUCAUACCACGCUUAAAAGGGGUCCUGACUAAUCCAAACUGUGAAUUUGAAGCUAAUUUUGUUGCAAUUCACACUCUUGCAACUUGGUACAAAUCCAACAUGAAUGGAGUGAGGAAAGAUGUUGUGAUGACUGACACUGAAGACAGUACAGUGUCAAUCCAGAUUAAAUUAGAAAAUGAAGGAAGUGAUGAAGAUAUUGAAACAGAUGUUCUCUACAGCCCACAGAUGGCUUUGAAGUUAUCACUAACAGAAUGGUUGCAGGAAUUUGCAGUACCUCAUCAAUAUAGCAGUAGGCAAGUGGCCCACAGUGGAGCUAAAACAAGUGUGGUUGAUGUACCUCUAAUUGCACCAUCCACUUUAAAUUCUACCACAGUGGUUACUACUGUAUAUCAGGAGCCCAUAAUGAGUCAAGGAGCUGACCUAAGCAAUGAGUCACAGACUCUGGUGAAAGAGGAGGAAGAGAAGAAGCAGUUAGAUGAGGAACCAAUGGAUAUGGUGGUGGAAAAGCAAGAGGAUGCUGACAAGAAUAUCAGCCAAAUAUUGACUGACAUCUCCGAAGCAAAAAUGUCAGAAGAGUUAAAACCAAUGGAUACCGAUAAAGAGAGCAUAACGGAAUCAAAAUCUCCAGAGAUGUCAAUGCAGGAGGACUGUGGUAAUGAUAUUGCACCAAUGCAGACAGAUGAGCAGAUUAACAAGGAACAGUUUGUCCCAGGGCCCCAUGAGAAGUCAUUAUAUGCUAUUGAGCCAGUAACUCUAGAAGAUCUACAGCUACUUGCAGAUUUGUUCUACUUGCCCUAUGAACAUGGACCUAAAGGGGCUCAAAUGUUACGGGAAUUCCAAUGGCUCAGAGCAAAUAGCAGUGUUGUCAGUGUGAAUUGCAAAGGAAAAGAUUCUGAAAAAAUUGAAGAAUGGCAGACUCGCGCAGCAAAGUUUGAAGAGAUGUGUAGCUUGGUGAUGGGAAUGUUCACUCGCCUUUCCAACUGCGCCAACCGGACAAUCCUUUAUGAUAUGUACUCAUACGUCUGGGACAUCAAGAGCAUCAUGUCAAUGGUGAAAUCUUUUGUGCAGUGGCUAGGGUGUCGUAGUCAAUCUUCAGCACAGUUCUUAAGUGGAGACCAAGAACCCUGGGCCUUUAGAGGUGGUCUAGCAGGAGAGUUCCAGCGUUUGCUGCCUAUUGAAGGAGCAAAUGACCUCUUCUUUCAGCCCCCUCCUCUGACUCCUACUUCCAAAAUCUACACCAUCAGGCCCUAUUUUCCGAAGGAUGAGGCAUCAGUGUACAAGAUUUGUAGAGAAAUAUAUGAUGAUGGAACUGAUCAGCCUUUUCACAGUCAGCCAGACCUAAUCGGAGACAAGUUGGUGGGUGGCUUGCUUUCCCUGAGUCCAGAUUACUGCUUUGUUCUGGAAGAUGAAGAUGGCAUCUGUGGUUAUGCACUGGGUACUGUUGAUGUAACCCCUUUCAUUAAGAAAUGUAAAAUUGCCUGGAUUCCUUUCAUGCAGGAGAAAUAUAGCAAGCCAAGCGGUGAUAAGGAACUAUCAGAGGCUGAGAAAAUCAUGCUGAGCUUUCAUGAGGAGCAAGAAGUUCUGCCAGAAACAUUCCUUGCCAAUUUCCCAUCACUGAUAAAGAUGGAUAUUCAUAAAAAAGUGACAGAUCCAAGUGUCGCUAAAAGCAUGAUGGCCUGCCUGUUGUCCUCUCUCAAGGCAAAUGGCUCCCGUGGGGCUUUCUGUGAGGUGAGACCGGAUGAUAAAAGAAUCCUGGAAUUUUACAGCAAGCUGGGAUGCUUUGAAAUAGCCAAAAUGGAAGGUUUUCCAAAAGACGUCGUUAUCCUUGGAAGAAGUUUGUAAGGGAUUUUUUUUUAGUGAAGCUGUUGAGACUGGAGCCAACCAAUGGUUGGAGAGUAGUGAGCCUGAGUUUUGUUAUUCUCUGCCCUUUCUAUGGCAGCAGUCAGCUGGCCUGACAGGAAAGAACCACCCAUUUCAUUCUCCCUUAUGCUGCUGAAAAGAGUUCGAAGAAUGGUUACUGGUCAUCAUUUCCUGGUCUUACAUGAAGUGCUAAGGGAUAUUGCAUAUGAAGUAGCUUCAGGAAAAGAUUCACAAGAAUUCUCAAGAGAAGGAUUGGGGGCUUCUCCAUCUCUGCAUAUCAGCAGAGAGGUCGACUCCUUUGUAUCAUGAAAUGGGAUGCAAUAUGGAAGUGGGAUCCCUGAAUAGAGAAACACAGGGUACCUGUGCAGGUCAUGUUAUGAAAGAUGAAAACUCAUGAUUGUGUUUGCUGUUUUGCUUAUUAGUAAGGAAAUGGCCAUCACCUCUAAAGAAAAUUGAUUAAGCUUUGUGCUUUGUAGGGAUAAAUUGUGCAUUUGUCUGUGGCAAAGUCACUCAGUGGCAGAAAUGUAAAUUUCAGUGUGUAAAUAUAUACAUAUAUAGAUAUAUAGAUAUAUAAACUUGCUGAAUGCUGACGCUUUGUGUUUUAAUUGUUUUUGUAUUUUAUUUUAUUUUUGCUUUCCAAAGCAAAGUGGUAUUUUUCCUGAGACAGCACCUUCAAUUUCAAAAAAGACAUUAUUAUUACUAUUUUUGAUCUAGACUGCUAUGUUUCAUGCCCUUUACUAGAAUGCCAGUGUGAAAGCAUAUGAAAAGUGCUGAUCUAGAGGGAUCAAUCCUUUAGAGAAGGAAUUUUCAGGAAAUGGGUAAAUAUUGCUUCCUACCAAGAAAAACGUAUCGACAGUCACUUCAAUGAUAGCUACUGAGUUGCUCACCCGUACUCACAAUGGGUGAAUGGAAAAAUACUACAACUUCAGCGCCCCAUUCUUCCCUGUUCCGUCUCAUUAAAUCAAGGUCUUCAAGUCAUACAUAUUUGUUACAGACUUCUGGGGGGGGGGUGAAAUAGCAAAAAGCACAUUUUAUAUAUUAUUUAAAUGUUACCUAAUUUUAAUAUCACUGCCUGUUCCAAACAUUUAAGGUUUUUACUGCAAUCUGACAAACUCUAUGGAGCUGUAGGAGGGAUGAUGGAUGCACUUCUUUUGUUCUAAGAAGCUGUUAGCCAACAUAAUGCUUCAUUAUUUUCACCUAUUACAAGAAACUUAUCUUUUUUGUUUCCUUUGAAAUUAUUUCUUUUUAAUAAAGAUGGAAAUUGAACUGAUCCUGUUGUUUUUUUAAAAAAACUUCAAAAUAUCAUACUUUUUAAAUGACAUUUUACUACCAUUUCAAUUUGCACCCAUUUCCUAGAAGCUAGUGUUUGGCCUUAGUUAUAAUUGCUUAUUGAUAUUUUAUUUUCACAAUGAAAAGCAGAAAAUUUCAGCUGCAUCAAAUGCAUUUCAUUUGAGGAGCAAAAUGAUGGACAAAAGGACUCUCGUGGAUUUUUUUUAAUGCUUUUGAGUUUGGCUUUAACUAGGCAGCGUGUGUAUAUACAGUACAGUAGUUGGGUUUACUGCAGUUUUGUGGGGAGAGGGCAUCUGGAUUUUUAUACUGUUAACAAAUAUAAAUUUAUCACUGUUAUAAGUUAAUUCUGUGCAUCUUGAAAGUUUGAGUCAGUUGCUUACUCUGAGUGUAUGAAGCGUAGCACUGACACAACUUUCAGGGUUACGGUAUCAGUUGGAAUGCAAUUUUCAUGACUGUCUUUCGAUCUGCUGUAUCUGUAGCAAAACAACAGACUGUAAAAUUGUAUUUGGAAACCAUGUGAAAAAUAGAAUAAAUUGCAAAGUCAAUGUAAAGGCAUGUUUUGGUAUAAUGUUAGAGAAUGAGGAAAAUUAGUGGAGAAAAAUAAUUUUCCUGUUGUGUUUUAUAACUCUCUAAUGAAUGUAUGGUAGCAUUGGAUAGUUUAUAUUUUGGCUCCACAGUGCAGGUUUGGAUAGAGAAAAUCUGCCUCUUGUGUUCAUUUCUCUUGGGCGUGCUUUUCUGUAAAUACAGAUGGACAUUUCUAAAGGCUACUGAAAUAGGUGUUUAUUCUUACUGAGAUUUCACAAACAAUAUCUUCUAAUUUAAAAGACUAGUAAUUCCUGGUAAUAUAUUCCUUUACCACUAUAUAUGAUUAAGAUCACUGCUGACAGCAGAAGUGUAUAAUUUUGCCCCUCCAAAGCCCUAAAAAAACUCCCAAGGAUCCAUCAAUUAGCAAUUUUCAAUG